AUGUACCAAUUGCAUUCUGACCGUGUCGCAGGAGCAUUCUCUGUGGACGCAGACGCCUCGCCCGAGCUGGGCCCCGCCCGCGAUGAUUACAUCCCUUCCUCUGAAGAAGACGAGCUCAGCCCAGAGUUUUCCGAGCCUGAGGCCGCCAGCUCUCGCCGCACACAUGUGGACCCUGGCACGGGUGCAACGGUGCAGACAUCAACGGGCACAAGCGUAGAAGAAGAUGGCAAUGGCAUGCUGCCCCGCGACAAACAGCGCCGGACAGCUUUCUACGACUACACAGCAGAGAAACAGAUGAGCCACACCGAGGCAAAGCAGUUUUACCAGCGUCACCAGUGGGAGACUCAGAACGGCGGGUCACAGGCUGGUGAUGGCUACAGCCCGGCCAUGCGCGCGAAGACGUUCCCUGCCAACUUUGGUGCCACGGAUGGCUUCGAUCCUUUGGGGGGAGCAGAAAGCGUUCGCUCGCGGAGAAGCAAUGUCAGUCUGGCGCAUCAAGGUCACAGGUCUGUUCUUCCCAUCGGCCUGUCACAUACAGAGCAGUCACAGGAACCCCGUUCGCACAUGACAUCUUCUGCAAAUCUGCUGGACAGCCACGACAAUCAAGAGCCUCUUCUCCAGGCCGACCAGCAAGCAAGGGCCCAUACAAAACACCCUCGACUUCCACACGAAGAGAAGCCCAUGCUCACCGAACAAGGAAUCCACGGUGCCGGCGCUGGAGUAGGCGUCGGCUCAGGCGCAGGAGGCUUUGCCAUGGACGACUCGAGCGUCACUGCUGAGCUUAGCGCUAUAUACACUAAUGUGCAGAAGGUACUUGAUCUGCGCCACAAGUACAUCCGUCUAUCUCUGCAGCGCAACUUUGAUAAUCCCAAAGACGAUCCAAGCUGGCGCAUCUACCCACCUCACCCGGAGCCCGUGUGGAACGACUCCUCAAAAGAGCGUCGUAAUGCUUCGAGUAGCAUGCAAAACAGUGGCGUGCUGGAACCUGCCGAGCCGCCCAAGCCACCUCGCAAGAUGGGCACCAACAUUGGGGAGGAUUUCCAUCUGGACGACGUGCUACCUCCCCCUGGUCCGUCGGAAUGGUCGUUCCGACUAGACGACGCUGGCGUCUUUCAAGUCUAUGAGACAGCUAAAUCUGUCGAGCUCGAUACGCCCAUAGUUGCGAUUCCAACCUUGAGAGAAUUUUACAUUGAUCUUGAUGCCAUUCUCGAUAUUUCCUUUGCUUUUCGGCGCCUUCAAUAUCUGGAGGGCAAGUUCAACCUCUACUAUCUUCUCAACGAGUACCAGGAGACAGCCGACAGCAAGAAGGUUCCACAUCGAGACUUUUAUAACGUCAGAAAAGUUGAUACCCAUGUCCAUCACUCUGCCUGUAUGAAUCAGAAGCAUUUACUACGUUUCAUCAAGUCAAAGAUGAAGAAGUCGCCGGAUGAGGUAGUAUUGUUCCGUGAUGGCAAGCAUUUGACCUUGAAGGAAGUUUUUGAGUCGAUCAACUUGACUGCCUAUGAUUUAAGUAUCGACACUCUCGACAUGCACGCUCACACCGACUCGUUCCACCGUUUCGACAAGUUCAACCUGAAGUAUAAUCCUAUUGGCGAAUCACGUCUACGCACAAUCUUCCUCAAGACAGACAACUUCAUCAAAGGCCGCUACCUGGCCGAGAUCACGAAAGAGGUCAUCUCCGACUUAGAGUCAAGCAAGUACCAAUUCGUUGAGAGUGGCGCAUUUCCAUCUACGGUCGAGACAUCGAUGAAUGGGAUAAGCUUGCUGCUUACCAGAGAUCCCGCCAGUCAUCCCAAGCUUCACAUAUUUCUGCAAAGAGUCAUUGGAUUCGACAGUGUCGAUGAUGAGAGCAAGGUUGAGAGACGGGUGUACAAGAAAUUCCCAAUUCCCAAGGAGUGGUCUACCAAGCAGAACCCCCCUUACAGCUACUGGAUGUAUUACCUUUUCGCCAAUAUCGCAUCGCUCAAUGUCUGGCGAAAGCAGCGUGGCUUCAAUACUUUUCUACUGCGACCACACUGUGGGGAGGCUGGAGAUACUGACCAUAUGGCUGCGGCGGUUCUUUGUUCACACAGCAUUAGUCAUGGCCUGACGCUUCGGAAGUUACCACUACUUCAGUACAUCUUUUAUCUCGAGCAGAUCGGUGUUGCAAUGUCGCCUCUGAGUAACAACGCCCUCUUCCUGGCAUACGAACGCAACCCCUUCUUGAGUUACUUCCGACGGGGCCUGAACGUUUCACUGUCCACUGAUGACCCUCUGCAGUUCGCCUUCACUAAAGAGCCACUGAUCGAAGAAUACUCGGUUGCAGCACAAAUCUACAAGUUGAGCGCGGUCGAUAUGUGUGAGCUUGCGAAGCACUCUGUCGAACAGAGUGGAUUCGAACAUAUCGUCAAGCAGAAAUGGCUCGGUGCAAACUACCAUCUGCCGGGCGUAGCUGGAAAUGAUAUGGCAAGAUCUAACGUGCCCAGCAUCCGGGAGGCUUUCCGGCACGAGACCCUCAUGCAAGAGCUCGCUAUGAUCGACCGCUACACCCGCGCUGCUCAAUCGAACAGGAACGAUCUCACUCACUCCAACCUCCAACCGGCUGCAGACGUAGCGCAAACACCUAAAUCUGCCCAAGCCACACACCCGGCAUCUCCAAACGCAUCAACUCAUGCGCAGCCCGACCAAUCCCAACAAUUUUCUACACUGCCUCCAGGCAUCAUCUCCGGCCCUCUCGGUCCUAUCCAAUUGGCCCGACAGAAUCAAUCUGCCGUUGCAAAAGAUGGCCCUACAUCUCCAACAAGCGCCAAAGAAGGCGAAGUCUUUACUCGUCCACGUCGGUCAUCUAGUGUAACUAUGAACCCAAGUAUCAUCUCUGGCCCCCAACCAUCCGGUGCCUCUGCCAAUGAUGCUCAGCUACAAGGCCCAGGGGAUGGAAGCGACCUCGGGCUCACUCGAACAAGAAGCAGCGUUGCAUUGGAUGGUGAGCCGAGAAUGUUUCCAGGUAUCGUUAGUAAGAACGCCAGGAAGAGCAGUAUGCGCAGCAGCGCGGUGGAAGACGGGAGCUAUCCCGGUUUUCGCAAUGGAGAGGGUGGUGUAGCAGAGGCGGAGGAGCAGCGAGAUACAGAUGACGAAGAGUAA